AUGAUCCUAUUUACAAAGGCGAAUCUCAUCCGCUUCCUGGCCGGCGCAAUAUGCUUGUUGCUGGUGCUGAAUUUUGUGGGCUUCCGCUCUGACGGAGCUAGCGGUACGUCCCUGAGCAAACUAAGCAUACGGCGCGUGCACAAAUAUGCGCAUAUACAUAGGAACGCCAGCAGUGGGGGCAUCCGGCUGCCUGCUGCGCCCCUGGCCCUAUCGAAGGAGCGAGAGCUGCACAACGCUCAGAACUCCACCUCAACGACUGUGAUUGCGAUUGCAAACUUUACUUCCAUUCCACAAGACUUAUCGCACCCCUUUGCGAACUUCAACAGCACAAACAUGAGCACACACAAGCCCCUGCCAAUGAAACCAACCAUGUCCGCCCUCCAUGCCAAUUGCACUGAUCCUGAUCCCCGAGAUGGUGGACCCGUCACGCCCAACACAACGCUGGAAUCUCUAGAUGUUAUUGAGGCCGAGCUGGGCCCUUUGCUGCGCCCUGGCGGAGCUUUCCAGCCCGACAAUUGCAACCCACAACACCAUGUGGCCAUUGUUGUGCCCUUCCGCGACCGCUACGCCCAUCUCUCCGUCUUCCUCCGCAACAUACACCCGUUCCUAAUGAAGCAGCGCAUCGCCUAUCGCAUAUUCAUUGUUGAGCAAACCAACGGGAAGCCCUUCAAUCGCGCGGCUAUGAUGAAUAUCGGUUACUUGGAGGCCUUAAAGCUUUAUCAGUGGGAUUGUUUUAUAUUUCACGAUGUCGAUCUACUGCCUUUGGACGAUCGUAAUCUCUACAAUUGUCCACGUCAGCCGCGGCACAUGUCGGUUGCGAUUGACACGCUUAAUUUCAAGUUGCCUUACCGAACAAUAUUUGGCGGAGUCUCUGCCAUGACGCGUGAGCACUUCCAGGCCGUGAAUGGCUUCUCCAACUCGUUCUUCGGCUGGGGCGGCGAGGACGAUGAUAUGUCCAACAGAUUGAAGCAUGCGAAUCUAUUCAUAUCAAGGUACCCCGUGAACAUUGCGCGCUACAAGAUGCUGAAGCAUCAAAAGGAGAAGGCCAAUCCCAAGCGCUAUGAGAAUAUACAAAAUGGCAUGAACAAGAUUGAAAUGGAUGGCAUCAACUCAAUCAAGUAUGGCAUCUACAGCAUCAAGGAGUUCCCGACCUUCACGUGGUAUUUAGCAGAGCUAAGGAACUCCGAGCGCAAGAGUUAGCCUAAAUGGGGAGACCGAGACCCCAACUCAAAAAGACAGCGUAACCAACCUUACGUGACCUUUCAAAACGAUCUAUUAUUGUGCAUGUACAAAGGACAACAUUACUUUCUCGAAUAGUAGAAUCUCUCUCUCUCUCUUUUACUAGAGAAGCCCCCAAAAAGGAAAGUUUAUGCCGAAACGAUGAAGACAUUAGACAUUAGCGCACAUAUUGUGUGUAUGGUAGGUAGUACAUAGUAUCUCCACUCAAUAUACUCACAGAACUCUAUGUAGUAUACUUUUAAUCCAUAAUUUAGCUCCAAUUCGAAAAUCCAACCACAGUCACAGAAUGUAGCGAUAAUCGCCCCCUCCUCCCUUAAAUACUCAAAGUGCUCAAGAAUACUUAUAGACUUUUUUGUUAAUUUUUGUUUUGUUUUGUGUUUUUUGUUAAGUUUGUUUUUUCUAUGGCUCUUCUAUGGUAUUUUAUUCUAUUCUCUUCAAAAGGCACCUACACCAAUUCCUAAAAGGUGAAAAUGUAGAUAUUACUUUUGUGAUAUGCAAAUUGUUAAUCGAGAUCAGAAACGAUUUAUACCAAAAU